AUGACGAUGCAACAAUUCUGUUUACGAUGGAACAAUCAUCAACCAAAUUUCAUUUCGGUGUUUUCAAAUUUGUUAAAUAAUGAGACUUUGGUGGAUGUGACAUUAGCUGCUGAAGGCAGGCAUCUUCAAGCACACAAAGUUGUUUUAUCUGCAUGUAGUACAUAUUUCCAGUCAUUGUUUACUGUGAAUCCAUGUCAACAUCCCAUUGUGAUAUUAAAGGAUGUAAAAUUCUCAGAUUUGAAAAUUAUGGUUGAUUUUAUGUACUAUGGUGAAGUAAAUAUAUCACAAGAUCAAUUACCGUCAAUUAUCAAGACUGCAGAGAGUUUGAAAAUAAAAGGACUUGCAGAAAUGCACAGUGCUUCUUUAACAAAAUGGCCAAGUGGUAGUGAACCUGGAGGAGGAGAUCGUGGAGAAUCUUGUUCACCUAGUCCUUCUCCAUUGUCACCGUCCUUUCGUAGAAAGAGAUUAAGAAAAUCAUCAACAGGGUCAACAUCUGGAUCUGGUGAUAAACCAGAAGAAAUGAAUGAAAUCACUUUAGUUGCUACCAAUAUUGUAAAACCAGAACCGCUAAUAGUUUCACAAGAAAAUAAUGAAAAUGUAAGAAGACCUGUUAAUACGAAUACUGAAUCUCAAGGAAGCAUUGAUGAGGAUCAAAUUUCAAUUAUGAGUAAUAUGGAGAAUAGUUCAACAACAACACCAGCACAAAGUGAUGGUUCGAUACAAGAUGUAAGUCAACAAUCAGGAGGAAAUGUACCCCAAAGUUCAGUUCCUUCACAACAACCUCCUGCACAUCAAGGAUUGCAAUGGACUAUUAUGGAGCAUACAUAUCCACGUUUCGCUCUGUCUUCGUGUCAAACGAAUCUGUCGAUCCAAGCAUCAUCAGCUUUUACCACGCCCGAAAUAACAGCUUCUUCGACCAUCAGCGAUCAGUAUUCUGGUACCAGCACAACUGGUUCCAGUUGCGCCCUGACGAAUUAUCCGAAUUCCUCGCAUGGGACAUUGCAGCACACAUCGUCGAGCGGCCCUUCACCGUCGACACAGUGCCCGAGUAACUGCCAGAGCCCAUGCGCCAGUCCACAAACCGCAAUAAAGAGAAAACGAUCAACAAAUCCACAAGCAGAUGAGAACUUUAUCAGGGCGUUAGAUGCCGUACGGUACGGUGGCAUAGGUUUCUGUAAAGCGGCUAGGAUGUUCGGUGUAAAUAAUCGAACACUUUGGUUGGAAUACAAAAAGCGCGGUUAUCCGAAUAAUCGACCCAGUUUGAAAUCGAGAGUUAAGCAAGAAGUGAAUUCCUCACCGCCACCAGCUCAGGCAGCGCAGCCGGUUAAUUCGCAGAGUCCUACGCCAAUGGGUCCCCCCACUACUCCACAUAGUACACACAAUACCCAUAGCACGCAUACCAUGCUGACCACUCAUAGUCCUCAUACGAUGUUAAGCGGUUAUAUCGAUAGCAGACAUACGGAUUACGCAUUGCCAAGCACUACAAUGCCAAUCAAUUUACACGGUGUUAAUUACAAUGCGAUGUGAGCUAUUGGUCAUGAUAUAAUGCUAUCACUGAUUUGUAUAGACGAGCUUGAAAAUUAGAUCUUUCAUAAAAUAAAGAUUACAUCGGCAAUAUUUAUCAAAAGUGAACAAAAAAUUCUAAUGAUAAAUGACAAAACGAAAAAAAAGAAAACAUACGAUUUUAGGUACCUUCUUUGCCUAAUUUGUAUGUAAUCAUAAAAAAUUUGCAGAUUAACAUAAAGAUUUCGAUAAAAUGGAAAAAUUAGUACACAAUACUUUAUACUCUACAGAUUUUUUACAUUAGAGUACACGUAUAUAACGAAAAAUGAAAUUGCUGUACUACUGGAGCUCGUUGACUUUUCAUUCUUAAUGAUCAUUAUAAAGGUAUAAACAACAAUUUUUUUUCUUUUAUUCUUUAAAGAAAAAAUGGAAGCAAAAUCGACAUUGUUUCAAAAGAGUUAAUAUUUUAAUAAAUUUUUUAUUAAGUAUUUAUUAAAAUUAAUUAAAAUUUAAAUUAUGAGUGAACGAGUUCAAAGUGGAUGACAACAAAUUUUUAUUAAUGGCAUUGUCCAACACUGAAAGUUUUGACAACAAGUAGAAUAAAUUUUUAGACAGGUUCCUUUAGUUUAUAAUGAUAUGAUUUGAAAUUUACGAAUUAUAUACGAUGUGAUAGAGUGUGAACGGCCAUUCACUCAACACAUAUAAAUAUAAUAGAGUCUCAUUAACAGUCGUAAAGUCACUAUGCGACAGUUAUCAAGGCAUUAUUAUAUUUGCUUGUUUGUAACUUGAGAUAUUUAUAGACGUAUUAUUGAAGAUCUUUUAAUUUAAUGUUUUUAUUGUUCUAAAUAUUAACUUUGGAUGAAUAUCGAUAUAAUCUAAAGUUGGUGGAAUAACGCGUAUACGUUUAUUCGUGGCGUUAAAAAAUGUGGCGUAUAAUGAAUCUAUUUCACAUUUAGUCUGUACCAUACCGCGCGAAUUUUUUAGUAAAUAAAAUAAUAAUAGGAAAUGUAAUUCGAAAAUAUCACAUAUAUUUACACAUACACAAAACGUACGUACAUACAUCGCAGUUAAUACAUUUUAUAGAAUUAACUACUUAAUUUAUGAGUGACAAAGUAAAAUACAAUACAUCGUCAAUACAUGUAUUACAAUUAAUUUGAUAUUGUUGAAAAAGGAAUAUUCGACAACAAAUGUGAUAUCUAAGAUAAUUAUCUGUGAGAAAAAUUUUGUAAAAAUAUUUUUUUUUUAACGAAUAUGGUAACUUUCGCGAAAAUAUAUGUUUCAAAAAGUUUGUUUGAAAUUUUCAAUAAUUUUUUCAUGAGAAAUUCCACUAUAAUAGGAGCUUCCACUAUAUAGCUGUUUCAUAAAAUAGGAACAUUAUUGUAAAUCAGUUUAUAGAUAAGAGAAUGAAAAAAGAUUCAGUUAGUGAAUUUUAAUAUAUAAAUAAUGGAAACAGUUCAUCAUACUUAAAAAGUAUAUAUAAAAUGUUUACAAUUCAAACAAUUUCUUUUAUUUUUACGAUAUAUUAAAUUUGAUAUUUUAUCAAGUUAUCUUUCGAUAUUAACGGAUAAUUGAAUUUACAAAUUUACAAUGCUUAAUAGCGAAUUAUUUUUUCUUUAUUAUAUUUAAUAUUUCUUUAUAUAUUUUUAAUAUAUAUUAUUUAUAUAUAUAUAUGUAUGUAUGUAUAGUUUUGAUCGAUUUAAGAUGUUGUAGCCUAUAAGUGCUAAUUAAUUGCAUUAUUCAAGGGAAUAAAUUUUUUCCUGAAUAAUUUGUUGAUUUUUUUAUUAGUAUUAACAUUAUAUAAAUUAUAUAAAAAAAAAAAAAGAAGAAGAAAAAAUAAAAUAUAAUAAAGUAAUACAUGUAUUGAAAAAUAGACAAUGCAACAAUCUAUUAUUAAUGAUCGGAGAAUUUUCUAAAUUCUCCGCAAACAAAAAUUUUGAUUAAUGUCAAUGUCCGAUUUUUUAAUCCUUUUUACAAUGGUAAUCUUGCAAUAUCUUUCAAAGGACUAACAUUUUUUUGCAAUAUUUCUUGUAUAAUAAAUUUAUUUUUUUGUUAGAAUAGAAAAAGAAGAAUGAUCGAUAAGUGUUUGAUCGAAACGCGAAAUUUAUAUAUAUAUAUAUAUAUGUAUAUAAUAUAUACAUAUAUCAUUAUGAAGCUAGUAUUAAAAUGAAUAUAUCUUCUCGUUUAGCAUUUAAAUAAGCGUAAAUCGAUUUUAACAGCGAUUUAUUGUAUCUUGAUUUAUUUUUUUAUUCGUACGAACAAGUAUUAUCUCUUAUUUUUACAUAGUUGCAUUUAUCGUGUACAAUUAAAAAUUUUAAUUCAUUGAAAAUAUCGCAAUUGCAACUUUGUUCCUGUUUUCGAUUAAUUAAUAUACCAAUUAAUAGACAAUGUAAAAAUAUAAUUCAAUAACGAUCAAGUUUUAUUUGAAAUUUUUAUCAUUUAUUGAUAUUGAAUUUUAUCAGAGAACACUUGUUCAACGUUAUUGACAGAACAAUCGAGAUAUUAUUUUAAUGAAACAUACAGAUUGAGAGUGUUGAGCUUUAUUUUUAUUUUCUUUUUUCUUUUUUUAAAACAUCUGUACAAAAUGAUAGAUGAAUAUAGAAUGUUAAAGAAAUGUUGAUCGUAAUGUACACUAUCUUAAUUACAUACAUUGAUAUUUCGUAAGAAAAAAAAGGAAAAAAAAAUUAUAAGAUACAAAGAAAAAGAACUAGUUUAACAGUACAGAAUUACACGGUACAGAAUUUUAUAUGCAGAGAGUCGAUGUGUCAGUGUUAUUGUGUAACGCCUUUAAUAAAUCACAUGAAGAACAAAUUAAAGUUGUUUCUGACCAGACUCACGACUCUGUUCACGUAAGAUAUCCGUCUUUUUAGAUUUUUAUUUAUGUAGCAAUUUUCUGUAUAUAAAAUAAAAUUUUAUUUACAAAGAAGAA